AUGAGGCCUCAGAAAGGGAGCGUAUCCGGCGACCUAUCCUCAGGCUCCUCCAUGUACCAGCCUCACUCCAAGCCCACAGGUGUCACCAGUGUUCAUCCUGCUUCCCCAGCUACAUUGCCAACCAACCAUACAGAAGCCAGACCUUCCCACUACCUCAACCCUACCCAGCCCCUCUGUCCUCUGACGAGCACCACAGAAAUGGGCAGAAUCCUGGAGCCUGGGUACCUGGGCAGCAGUGGCCAGUGGGACAUGAUGAGGCCUCAGAAAGGGAGCGUAUCCGGGGACCUAUCCUCAGGCUCCUCCAUGUAUCAGCUUCACUCCAAGCCCACAGGGGCUGACCUCCUAGAGGAGCAUCUUGGUGAAAUCCGGAACCUGCGCCAGCGCCUGGAGGAGUCCAUCUGCAUUAACGACCGCCUGCGGGAGCAGCUGGAACACAGGCUCAGCUCCACCACCCGAGAAAGCGGCUCAACCUCUAGCUUCUACACUCCGGGCCUGGAGUCCACACCUCAGCUCUCCAGUGAGAACAGAGUCCUUAGGGAAGAAAACCACAGGCUUCAGGCUCAGCUCAGUCAUGUUUCCAGAGAGCACUCCCAGGAAACAGAAUGCCUGAGGGAGGCUCUGCUGACCUCUCGAUCCCGGCUUCAAGAGCUGGAAAUGGAGCUGGAGCACCAAAAGGUGGACCGGCAGCAGUUACUGGAAGACCUGAAGGAGAAGCAGCAGGAGAUCUUGCAUUUCCAGGAGGAACGACUGUCUCUCCAGGAGAAAGACUCCAGGCUGCAGCGUAAGCUGGCCCUCCUGCAGCAGCAGUGUGAAGAGAAACAGCAGCUCUUCCAGUCCCUCCAGUCAGAGCUACAGAUCUAUGAGGCACUUUAUGGGGACUCCAAGAAGGGGCUGAAAGCUUACACCUGGGAUGCCUGUCACCAAGUCCCUUUGAGCAGUGACUUGAGCCACCUGGUGGCAGAGAUCCGAGCUUUGCGAGGGCAGCUGGAGCAGAGCAUUCAGGUGAACAACUCUCUGCGACUGCAGCUGGAACAGCAGUUGGAUGGUGGUGCCAGCAAAGCCAACCUCAUCUCCUCCUCCGUUAACCAGAAAUUCCCCACCAACACUGACCCUGGAAACAAGCAGCCGUUCUUCCAAGAUUCGGUUGCCUCCCCUCCAGUUCGGGAUGUGGGCAUGAAUUCUCCAGUUCUGGUCUUCUCCAGCUCUUCUGCGGCUCCUGGUCCAGAGACCACAACCUUCAGUAGGACAAAUGAGCUGAGUUUGGAUGCUUCUCCAGUAAUGAAGAACCCUCCCAAGCUGGAAGGUGAUGCUACUGAUGGCUCCUUUGCCAAUAAGCAUGGCCGCCACGUCAUUGGCCACAUUGAUGACUAUAGUGCCCUGAGAGAGCAGAUUGGGGAGGGUAGACUGCUGGUCAAGAAGAUAGCAUCACUUGUGAGACCCACCUGCAGCUUCUCUGGUCUGGAAGCUCCAGGCAUAGAGGUGAUGGGCAGCGAAGGCAUCCAGGAGCUGAGGAGCAGCGCCACCGCUCUGCACCAGCGGCUGGAGGAGUCGGCCUCCCUCCUCACCAUGUUCUGGCGAGCGGCCUUGCCAAGCUCCCCUAGCCCUGCGCUUGUGGGCCAAGCGGGUGAGUCCUUGAAAAAGGAACUUCUGGAACUGAGAACCAAACUAUCCAAACAGGAGAGUCUCCUUCAGAGUACAUCUGAGCGUCUGAAGACCGCCAACCAGCAGAAGGAGAGCAUGGAACAGUUCAUCUUCAGCCAGUUGACCAGGACACACGAUGUUUUGAAGAAGGCAAGGACUAAUUUGGAGAAGAACUCUUACAAGACUGCUUCUGUAAAGCCUUAUUCCUGUCCCAGCAAAGGUGAAACCCCUGAGGGCCCUGCCAUGCACUGCAGUCCUGUGACCCUUGCCUUCCAGGAGACAUGCAAGCAGCGAAGCUACCAGAGGUCCUUAAAACAGCAGGAAGGAUGGGCCUGCACCCCUUCUUCACAGCUCCCUGUCUGCUGAGGAGGAUCUGGGCCCUCCUCCACACCUACUGGAGGGUCUGGAAGGAGUCCGAGAUAUGGCCUCGUGGGCAGGGUGAAAGGCAGAGGGCCUUUCCUGCAGUUGAGGAAUAACCAGCCAGGGUCCCCGUGGCUCAGCACUAAGGAAAACAUGCCUAGUGAAUAGAGGACCUUGUGACACUGCUUCUGAACACCCUGGGGCGUGGGAGCCAGCCACAGACAUUUCUUGCCUCAUCCCCUGUCCUCAGAGGGUCAGCUCAGGGGAAACAGGACCUGCUUCCCCACACUGGAGCAUGUGGUCCCCACAUUGGAGCUCCUUGGCAGAUCUGAAAGCACAGGCCUGAGCAGCAGUGUGUUGCAGGACAGUGUGGGCAGGGGCCCGACUACCUGACCCAGGACCCAUGCAGCUGGGUCACUGUCAGGCUGGGCAUCAGUCUACACUGCAGCACCUGAGUUCUUUGAAUCCAUGUGGUGGGAGUGGUGACUCCCAUAUGCCAUCCCAUGCCAUCUCAUGCUUAGCCUAGACCACCUUCUUAUAUUCUAUUGUGAUCUCCAAAAGCUGUACUGACUUUACAUAUACUGUCCCCUUUUGUCAUCCCAACUUCUCUCUGGGAACUAGGGACUAAUGGCCACAGCAAGCCCACUGAAAGUCUUGUGUAAAGCAAACCGGUGAUCACUUUUAAGUGACCUGCAAGAGGCCCCCAGUUGUGCUUGUGCUGAAGCCUAGUCUGUGUCUUCACAAAAGUGCUUUAGAAAGUGUGUAUGUGUGUAUAAAUGUAUGAUAUAUAUUUAUAUAUGUUGCUAUAGUGAUAUGUGGAAGGCUAACAUAACUGGUGGACAGGGUCAGUGAGAGGAAAUGACACAGUCUUUUUGGUGGCUAUUAAAGCAAACUAUGUAUCAAAAAAAUA